AUGGCUCGCUUCUCAAACUCUCUCAGCGUAAUGGUCGUGCUCAUUGCCUUCAUCAAUGUAGCAUCGGCUUUCUACAUCGUUAAUUACUGGCCGGAUAACAGCGUGAAACAGCCAAAACACUUCCGCGCUUAUCCUCAAGAUGAUGUAAAUUCCAGUGGCUGUGAAGUUGAGAUCUUAUUCGAAAGAGACUUCAACGAUCAAAAAUAUGAUUAUCACAUUUUUGCCAACUACGACACAGCUGAUGAGCCUCAAUAUGUACCUGUCAAGAACUAUUCGGAAAGCGACAAGUUAGCCGUAGUCAACGCAACACCUCAAGGUCAAAGAGGAGCUUAUUUCCGUCCAAACGGGUAUACGUUGACUCCACUCAUGAUUGAAGUUUGCAACCCAAAUUACAUCUCACUUCGAAUCCCUUUGACUCCAAAAUCGUACUUUGUCAAGGUCGUGCACGCAGGUAAAGGGCCUGACAGUGAGGCAGUUUAUGUCUCGAACACAUUCGGUGCUAAUGAUGCAGCAACAAUCGUGCCACCUCCUGGAGUUACUCAAGUUGUGGCCACUCAUAAACAAUCCCAACAUCCAAACACCAACCUCGUACAUGUGAAAUGGCACUUGGACACACUUUUCAACGAUCAAGUUCGAGGAUACUUUGUCUUAAUUGGACCAGCAAAAGGCGCAAAACAAGUUCAAAGCUUUUACGUCGACAAUGCAAACGCAACCGAGACUACAGUCGAGAUUGGCUACUUUGUUGAUGGUUAUGCUGCUUCCGUUGUCGUUUGGUCAAAAGAUGGUGUCUUGACCAACCCAGAUUUGGCACCUCAAGUCAACAUCCAAUAG